UUCAGAUUCAUUAAUGUCCCCAAAAAAAGAGUUGACUUCUUUUUAUGUAAAAGUAAUUAUUUUUUCCCAACUUCUUUUCCAACUUGUGAUAUAGGAAGAGAUCUGAAAGUCUGAGGAACACUUUUGAUCAUAUUGAAACGGAGGAAGAGAAGAAGAGGCAGCAAAAAAUGGAUCAGAACAAAAGCGCAUUUCUGAUUGGAAUUAUAGGUGCAGUACUCACUCUUUCUGCUUAUUCCCAGACUCUGGUUUCUCCUACUCAAUGCAUCACAAUUGGAUUACUUGUUCUGAUCUUCGGCCUCCUUGUUAGGGAAGGUCUCAUCUCUCUUUAAUUAAUUAUCUUUACUUUCAUGUUUCCUGACCUUAUAUUUGGACUAAUAUUACUUAAUUUCUACGGAGAAUUGAGUAAUUCGCUUUUAUUUA